AAGGCCCCGGGAAGGGUGGGCGCUUCCGGUCCGUGAUUCCUUCCCUUUGCUCCUCGGAGACUCCGACGGUGCAGUUCUCGCUGCGAGACGUGCUCAGUAACCAUGGAUAGUGACGAAGAACAUGAUAAAAUCCUGGAUAUAUUUGCUGACAAUUUAUCAGAUAUUCCAAGUGAAAGUGAUGAAAGCUUUGACAGUGGCAAUGAUACAGUUACUCCUUCAAAAAGGCAGACAAUAGUAAUUUCAAGUGAUUCCGAACCUGAAAAUUUGAACAAUUCCACACAUGAUUUUGAGUGUAAUUUGCGUCUUGGUUGCCAAGAUAAUGAUUGGUCAAAAGAGGACUUUCAGCCUAAUUUGGAAAAAUUUGAAGGUAAUUCUGGGGUUACAGUUCUACCAUCUGAUUGUAAGAACAUCAUUGAAGUCACCAACUUGAUUUUUGACAACGAUCUUUUUGAACUCUUUUGUCAUCAAUCGAACAUAUAUUAUAAUCAAAAUUUGGGAAAGCACAAAAUUUCAAAAACAAAAAAGUGGUCUCCUGUUACUCCAACAGAUAUGAAAAAAUUUCUAGGACUUAUAGUGCUAAUGGGGCGUACUCGAAAGGAUACUUGGAAAGAAUAUUGGUCUACAAAUCCAGCUCUGGCAGUCCCAAUAUUUCCUCAGACGAUGACUCGAAAUCGUUUUGAACAAAUCUGGACUUAUUGGCAUUUCAAUGACAAUGCAAACCUGACUAAAUCUUCAUCCAGGCUAUUUAAAAUUCAAUCUGUACUCGACCACUUUAUUAGUAAAUUUCAAACAAUAUAUAAACCUAUGCGAGAGUUAUCAUUAGAUGAAGGCAUGAUUCCCUGGAGGGGACGUCUUCUAUUUCAAACUUACAACCCAGCUAAAAUUAUUAAAUAUGGUUUACUUGUAAGAAUGGUAUGUGAGAGCAAGACUGGGUAUAUUUGCAAUAUGGAAAUUUACACAGGUGAAGGGAAGAAAUUGAAUGACUCUCUUCUGUCACUGCUUCGGCCGUAUCUGGAUUUGGGGCAUCACAUAUACCAAGGUAAGUAUUACGGUAGCAUUUCAAUUGCAGAAACUUUGUUACUACAUAAAACAAGAGUUUGCGGAACAAUUCGAACAAGAGGCUUGCCAAAAUGUUUGAAAGAUGAAGCAUCUACGCUUCAAAGAGGUAAAAUAGCCUUCCGAAGAAAAGGUGACGUUUUAUUAUUGAUUUGGAAGGGUAAAAGAGAAGUUCGCAUUAUUUCAACUAUCCACGAUGCUUCCUCUUGUGAAACAGAAAAGACAAAUUGGCAUACUGGAGAGGAAAUAAAGAAACCAGUUUCUAUUGUGCAGUAUAAUAACUAUGUACAAGGUGUUGAUCUUGCCGGCCAAUAUCUUUCAACAUGUAGUAUCCUUAGAAAACCAAUAAAAUGGACGAAGAAAGUAGUGCUUUACCUGAUUAAUUGUGGACUGUUCAAUUCAUUCAGGAUUUAUCAAGCGCUCAAUCCAGGAAGCCGAGUAAGAUACAAAGACUUUCUUUUAACUGUAGCAACAGAGUGGAUCUCAUCCGAAGUAGAUAAAUCAGCAGAUCCAGAAUUUAGCAAUCCUGAUCCAUCACGUGUUAGAAGUACAAGAGCUCCUCAGAAAGAUCAUCCACAAAGAUUAUCGGGCAACAUGAAGCAGCACAUCCCUGUGCCAAUUCCAUCUUCAAAUAAAAAGAAAUAUCCUACAAAAGUGUGCAGAGUAUGCAAAAGGAACGGUAAGAGAAGAGAAACGCGUUACAUUUGCCAGCUUUGUUUAGUUCCCCUUCAUAUUACACAGUGUUUUACUAAGUAUCACACUUUAAGAAGAUAUUAGCUUGUAGGAACAUGUAAUGAAUAACUUCAACAUGCAAUGGGUAUUUCAUUUUAAAGCAUGCCUUUAACAUUUAUGUAGAACGUUUUAUGUACUCAUUCAGUAGAAACUUACCUGGCCACUAGGUAAAGCUAGCAACAAAACUACUGGUCUGCAAUGUGUUAAGCGUCAGGACCUGGGUCUCCUCACCUGUGAAACGGAUGACACAGUGAGGCACGGCCUGCCUCCUGAAGCUGCGAAAAGAGUGCUGGUGGUACCCCCAGGGGGCGGCAGCACCCGCAGCACCAGGCCCCAGAGAACCAAGGCUGACCUAGCCAUUGGUCCAGCACCUGCUGAACUGAGAGCAGGAACUAGAAACAGGGCAGCAUUUCUGGGGUCAGCUGAAAAGAGAAACUUGGUUGGCUUUUCCUCUAUCAGCAAUUCCUGAUUGUUCUCUUUCUGCAUAUUUAUAAUCUGACCACUUAUCUUCAUCCCUACUGCCAUUCACAGACCAUCACCUCUUGCUUAAGUGGUUUCCCUGUCUCCAGUUCCCAUCCUACUCCCGUUAGAUCAUUCUAAAAUGCUAAUUUGGUUAAGACAUAUGGCUUCCUUUUGCCUCCAGAAUAAAGUACAAACACCUUAACAAGGCUUCCAUCACCUGGCCUCUUCCCACUCCUCCAGCUUUCUCUCACUCUGUGUUCCAACUAUCUUCAAAUACUACCUGAUCCUUUAUCAUACCAGGCUGCUUACCUCAAAGGCUUUUUACAGAUAGAAACAACUUAAUAAACAUUCUCAACUCUGCUCACACAAUCUUGACAUGGUUUAAUCAGUGUCUUCUACCAUACUCUCAGCUCUCCCUUUUUAGCUCUGACAGAUUCUAUAGCUUUCUAUUCAUUUAGUUAUUAAAAGUCGAGACCAGCCCUACCGGUUUGGCUCAGUGAAUAGAGCAUUGGCUGUGGACUGAAGGGUCCUGGGUUCGAUUCUGGUCAAGGACAUGUACGCAGGCUUGAUCCCUGACCCUAGUCGGGAUGUGUGGGAGGCAACCAAUCGAUGUGCCUCUCUCACAUCGAUGUUUCUCUCUUUGUCCCCCCCCCCCCCCCACACACACACACACUCUAGAAAUCAAUGGAAAAAUAUCCUCAAGUGAGGAUUAACAACAACAAAAAAGUCCAGACCAGUGUCAACCACAUCAAUUCAACACCAAUAGGAAUCCCAGUUUGGGGUGAGGUGAAGAAGGAAACUUUUUUUAGUGCAAGCAACUCAGUUGUGACACAGCAUGGCUGUGAAAAUAGCAUGGCUGUGCAACAUCUCACUGGUGAUACAACACAGCUAUGAACACAGCACCGCUGUUAGGAGGCCCUGGGCCAUGCUACUCUGACUAGCUCUGUGCUUCUCUAUAUGCCAGUCUGGUCUGGUCUUCUCUGCUCUGUAGAGAUAUCUUUAUUGUUACGUCUUUGGCGGUUCAGAUCUCGUUAGGGAAAUGCAGUCUCCAGUCCAGGGUGAAAAGAGAAAGUGCACUUUUAGAGCCAGAGAGGAGCUGACAUAUAGACAGAAGUCCCUGCCCAAGUUGAUCCCUGAUUGGUCUAUCUUCAUGAAAAUAAGGGCUCUAGUCCUUGCAGUUUGAUUGGUCCAAAGGGCAUUGUUCUAAUUGGUCAGAAUGGAGUUGCUCUGAUUGGUCAGUAAAGAAGCUGAUGUUAGCUGCACUAUUCCAGUUGGAUCAGGAAACCUCAGUCCUAUUGGUUGAAAUAGGAUUCCAGGAACUUAAUAAGGGCUGCCUCCAAUGGCAGAAACACAGUGCAGGCAGGCACUUGUGCAGAGGCAGGUGGUUCAGUGCACGCUUCUCCCCGAACUGCAGUUUGCAUGAGAGGUCUCUGUGUAGAAAUGGCUGCUAAGCUCUGAUUUUUUGUUUCUGUUGUGUGGUUUGUUUUUGCUUUAAUAUUUUUAUUGAUUUCAGAGAGGGAGAGAGAGCACCUUAUCAUAGCACCUACCACAGAGAACAAAUCACAGAGAAACAUCAAUGAGAGAAUCAUCGAUUGGCUGCCUCCUGCACGCCCCCUACUGAGGGGGUCGAGCCCACAACCUGGGCAUGUGCCCUUGACUGGACUCGAACCUGGGACCCUUCAGUCCCCAGGCCAACCCUCUCUCCACUGAGGCAAACAGGCUAGGGCUGUUCGUUUGUUUUUUAAUUUGAUCCCAGUUCAGCCACCAGGAGCCCAUCUUGGUAGAUAUUCUCUUUCUCAGGGUCCAGACUAGUAUAGUCCACGUUAAAACUUCAAUUGCACAUCAAGUUUUAAGGUCCUUCUUCCCUCAGCACCAACCAGGUUUCAGCAGUGGGACUAUGGGGAACAGGUGCAUUCCGUCCUGUCAUAGAAAGCACUCUCUCUCCCUCAUUUAAACUACUUCCGUUGGGACCUGGAGGAAGGAUUGAGGCGGGUAGGGGGAAAUGGUCAAAAACUCUUUACUAACUGGUCAUCUCAUUGCAGUCAUCUGUUGGUUGUGUGCCUCCCAGGCUAAGACAAACUGGUCAUGGAUACCUUCCAUUUUUGAGCUGCCCAAAUGUUAGCUCUGCUUUUUUGUUUCUGUUGUGUGGCCAGGCCGGGGGACCCCAUCAGGGCAUGAUUGGGACCGGGUAGGGAAUGUUGGAGGUUGGCCAGCCAGGGAGGGGCUGUGGGAGGGCUUCAGGGCUACAGAAGGAGAUGUGAAAAGGCAAAAGGCUUUGGGAUGCUGGCGUGACACACAGUGACAGCUCUUUCCUUGUCGACCCUCCCUCCUUGCUCCAGUGAUCACAGAGAACAAAUCAGCAGGCUUGUCCAAGCAGGAACUGAGAUGUCCGGCCCAUCUCACUCAGUCCCAAUCGGCCAAACCCCAGCAGCAAGCUCACUUACUGGUUAGAGCAUCUUCCCCCUGGUGGUCAGUGCACAUCAUAGCGAGGGGUUGAGUGGUCUUAGCAUAUCAUUAGCAUAUUGCACUUUGAUUGGUUGAGCGGACGACCAGAUGACGGGACACUUAGCAUAUGAGGCUUGUAUUAUAUAGGAUAGGAAGUUCACAUCUUGCUAAGCCAAAUUGUAGGAGUGUAUGGGGCACGGGUACAGUGUUUUGGCCAGGUUCAAGCCUCAGACUAAUGAAAGGACAGGGUCCUCUCAUUGCCACGUGCAAGUCCCAGCUGGAGGGCAGGGCCCUCCCAGCACAAUCAUAGCCAACGGCUGUGGUUGUAAGCUUGAACCUAUGGUCCGAACACGUAGCCCCACGUGCCUUGUGAUAGAGUUCGGGUGCAUGUAGUUGAGUGAGCUUGAAACUCACGAGAAUGCUGUAAACAAUGUGAUCACGCCCCUACUUUGCCUCGUGGCAUCCGCUAUAAAAUAAAGACACGGCUGUGGGCGCUGGCGCUGUCUCCUCAUCAGGGAGCAGCGUCCCAUCGAGACCCAGCUAUUCUCUUGUCUGUCUUUCCUUAAUCCUUUCAACGCCCCCCCCCCCCCACUCGGGAUCACCCUUGGUUGUGCUGGCGUGGCACAAGUGGUGCCCAACCAGGGACUCAGUCCUGGGACCAGGGCCUGAGUUUUGGCUCUAACAAGUGACGCCAGAGCAGGCCCUUUGGCCAUAACAAGUGGCGUCGGAACAGGCCUGUGUUCGGGGGAAUUUAAAAAGAGGUCAGGUGAAAGGAGGCUCCAAGUUGCGCGCAGAGAGUAAGUUUAAAAAACAAAAGUAAAAAAAUAAGUUAAGCUUAAAAAGCAAAAGUAGGAAGGCCAAAAAACAAAAAUAAGGUAGGGAGCUGAAGUGUGGUAAAAUUAGCUCGGUGUAAAACAUGGGAAUAAUGCUUAAUUGAAGCAUUUUUAAAGUCUAAGCGGUCGGAAAUAAGCAGUAGAAAUAAGCGGUAAGAAAUAAGCUGUAGAAGUAAGAAAUAAGUAGAAAGAAGCGGUAGAAAUCGAAAAUAAGCGGCAAGAAGCAAGCGGUAGAAAACAGGUGGUAGGAAAUAAGUAAUUAGGAGGUACAAAAUAAGGCAGAAAUCUCCUAGGUUUUGUUUAAGCCACUGUAAAGCAGGAGAUGGCUGUGGUGAUGAUGUUUAAGGAAGUAAUUUUAUUUUAGACCGAGAUUGUAAGCUCUUGCAGCAGUUGCAUUGUUUCUAGGCUUUGGUUAUCUUUGCAUGUAUGAACUGAUAGCUCCCUGGGACUUCGGGUCUGUGUGAGACGCCAGACUCAGAGUUGGAAGUCUCCGGCUCUGCAGACCGAGGGCUGCUCGUUUCCAUGCAGCAGCAGCUAAAGAAAGAAGCUGAGAAGGGACCAGACUUCCACCGGUGUGGACGGGGCUGAUUUGACUGGGACUGAUGCAGACUCAGUGCCGAGGUCAGCCUUCCAAACAGCCUGAUCCAGGGGACUGGUUUUGCAUCAAUGACAUCUUUGCAUCAGCGAGAUAUCAGCAUGGAGUCAGCUGAAGAAGAUGGUGACUGAGGCCAAGCAAAUGUUAGAAAAGCAAGUGGAAGCUAUGCUAGCGUUGGUGAACUGUCAGUUUUCUGUAAAAUCUUGUGGACUGUCCGUUUUCUGUAAAAUCUAAGGACUCUGGGUAGAAUGUCCUGAAAACGUUAACAUGUUUGUAGUUUGGUUUUGCAUUGGUAUUGUUUUGUUAUUAGCCAGAGUUUUUUUCUCUCUUGUUAACAUUGCUGUGUCUAUAGUUUUGUUAAUAGCCAGAACUUUGUUUUGAUGUUUUGAUGAUGCUGAAUAAUUUGUUUAGAGUUUUUUGGAUAAUGUAAAUAGGUGUAUUUAAAAACAAAAGUAAAGGGGGAUAUAUGGGGGCGCGGGUACAGUGCUUUGGCCAGGUUCAAGCCUCGGACUAAUGAAAGGACAGGGUCCUCUCAUUGCCACAUGCAAGUCCCAGCUGGAGGGCAGGGCCCUCCCAGCACAAUCAUAGCCAACGGCUGUGGUUGUAAGCUUGAACCUAUGUAGUUGAGUGAGGUUGAAACUCACGAGAAUGCUGUAAACAACGUGAUCACGCCCCUACUUUGCCUCGUGGCAUCUGCUAUAAAAUAAAGACACAGCUUGUGGGCGCUGUCGUUGUCUCCUCAUCAGGGAGGCAGCGUCCCACCGAGACCCA